UUUUCCACACACACUUCCUUCCGAAUUUCAAAAUGGCGCAACAACCGAAAAUGUUCGCACUUUUAUUUAGUUUGUUUGUUCUUUUCACAAAAAUUCUAGCAGCACCCGAGUCUAAAGGGACGUAUUUAAGAAGAGAGCAUUCACUAAUGAGACCUUAUCAAGGAAGUGGCAUGACAAUCCCAAACUGGGAUUUUCAUGGAAGCACAUUUGUAUCUAGUAAUUACAUCAGACUUACACCAGAUCACCAGAGCAAACAAGGCUCUUUAUGGAAUAAUGUGCCUAACUAUUUAAAAGAGUGGGAAAUGGUACUGCAUUUUGCUGUCCAUGGCCAAGGCACCACUUUAUUUGGAGAUGGUUUCGCUUUUUGGUACACAAGGGAUAGAUCGCUAGAAGGUCCUGCGUUUGGGAGCUCAGCUAACUUCUAUGGCCUAGGAGUUUUCUUUGACACAUACAGCAAUCAUAAUGGAGAGCAUAGUCAUGAGCAUCCGUACAUCUCAGCAAUGGUUGGCAAUGGCACACUUCCUUAUGACCAUGAUAGAGAUGGCACCCACAGUCAAGUAGAGGGUUGUUCGGCCCAGUUCAGAGGUUUAACACAUGACACGUUUGCAUUAAUACGCUACUCCACAUCUCAAGAACGAUUGACAUUGCUGGUGGAUGUUGAUGGCAAGAAUGAGUGGAGGGAGUGCUUUGAUGUUGGUGGUGUCAAGUUACCAACUGGCUUGUACUGGGGGGUGUCAGCCGCCACAGGCCAGCUUGCAGAUAAUCAUGACAUCAUCUCCAUGAAGCUCUAUGAGGUUGAUAUACCAGAGGUUGUGCGCACUACAGAAACCAAUGGAAAACAAAUUGACUACACCCAGAUAGUUCCUCAUGCUGAUGGGGCAGAGAGUUACAGGGAUCAUGUUGAUGAUGUGAAGGGCAGCUUCUCUCCCCAUGUUGCCCGUAUUUUCACCUGGGUCUUCUGGAUUGCUCUUAUUGCUUGUGUCUGUAUUGGUAUUGCCAUUUUCAUGUACCACAAGCAGCAAGAGGAUUCCAGGAAAAGGUUUUAUUGAUGUCCUGCAAAUCUAGAUGAGCUUAAAACAAUUGCAAUUUCUGACAAUUCAGUGAGAUGAUUUGAAGAAUCAACUUGUACAGACUAAAACCCUGUGCCAACAAUGCCAUCACCAGCACCUUCUAAUAAUCCUCCUAGAUGUGCAAACAGGGCUAGGAAUACAAAUGCUUUUAAUACAGAGCUUGAUGGCACAGAGACAAUAAGAGCAUGGUGAGCCAGGCUAGGUAAAGUGGAUGGUAGAUAGAACAGCACAGUGGAGGGAAAAGCUAGAGAAAAGAGUGUAGUUCCCUUUACACUAAUACACAUGGCAUACAUACUUCAGUUCACUAUCAUACUUUCAUCUUUCAUCAGAUCCUUUUCGCUGUUGUAUUUGGGAUGUGCCAGGUUUAUAUUUAUUUUGCUUAUCCUCAUUAUGCUCUCUGAGACUUGGCAAUUCCACUGCUAAAGAAUCUGAUCAGAAGGAUGCUCCAGUAGAGGUACCAAGCCCAUCGGGUCUGCUAACAGAUAGCUCUAAGGGAUUUUUGGUGUAGUUUGAUCAUCACUAAAUUUGCUGAUGAAAACUGAAAAAUUGGAGUAUAAUGUUAUUUCGAAAAUGUAUAUUAAUGAAAGUAAUCAAUUAUGAGAAUGCUGGCUCAGCUUUAAUUUGGAAUUUGCACAGAUGCAUAACAUUUCUUUAAUCGUUUUUUUUUCUUUCGUUUUCAGCUUUGUCGUUUUUUCGUUAAAUAAGGUAGUUUGCUUUUUCAAUUAUUACGUUCAUUAUAUUUCCGGUAAUUCACAAAACGCUUAGUGUAAAUCAUUUUAAUUGUAAAAUUAAUAUUUGCUUUUAAACAGCUGUUCCUAUUGUUUGCUAAUCGCUAAUUCCGAUUAAAAGAAUGCAAGAAAAACAAAAA